GUUACCGCAGUAACGGGGAAACAGUUGUUUGUGUACGCUGAGCAAGUCUGAUACAAUGUAGCCUUGCCAUCGAAAUAGGCAGCAAGAUCUUAGAUUAUCGACAGCAGAAAUCAGGCUUUAGCCUACGUUGCUUUUUUUUUUUAUCUAGAUAGCUCAUAUAUCCUAGCAAAUGCGACGAUCCAAAUAUUUUACACCGAGUGAGGUGUCCCUACAUAAUACUUUGGAUGAUUUAUGGGUGUCUUACCUUGGCAAAGUGUAUGAUUUGACACCGUUGGUGCAUGAGUUCAAAGGUGAUAUUCUGCUGAAACCCAUAAUUGAAUGUGCGGGAAAGGACAUCAGCCACUGGUUUGAUCCUAAAAAGAAAGAUAUUCUGACUCAUAUUGACCCGCUCACAGGGUGUCUCAAAUACUACACCCCUAGGGGGCGCUUUGUUCACGUCCCCCCUCCUUGCCCACGCACAGACUGGGCCAAUGAUUUUGGGAGGCCAUGGUGGCGGGACAGCCGCUUCGAGGUGGGCCUACUGUCUGCCAAGACUCGCUGGAUACGCAUAAUCAACACUCUCACCUCCGAGGAACAGAAAUUGGAGGUGUGCUCAGAGGAGACCUUGGAUGAGAUCCUGCAGCGUUACUUAAGGUACAACUCCCACGCUGCCAGCUACACCUGGAAGCACAACCAUGUAAACCUGGACAUGACUAAGACCCUGUGUGAGAAUGGUUUCUUUGAUGAGGAUGAGGAGUUCUACCAGUGUCGCUUGGACCAGGAACUUUUUACAGAAUCUAUAUGUCUGUACUUCAAUGACGACCUCACUGAAUUUUGAUACGCCAUCAAAACUGUCAUGGAAAUAUUUCAUGUGCACAAAGUGAAACCAAGUUACCACCAUUAAAGAAACGCCCCCAUAUUAGAA